CUUUGUGUGAUAUCCGGGCUCGCCACAGCUGGUCUUAGAGCUCGCGUCAUGCUUUAUAACUUAACCUUUUGCCAACAGAAUCCUUUUGCUGUCUAGCUGUAAGUCGAACAGAAAAGGCCGUCUUGUCAUUCGAGGAAUAAGAGAAGUUGAAGUGAGGCAAUGGAUGGCAACGACCCAGUGGCAGUCAACAACAAAGAUGGCGGAUCUAUAGUAAAGACUCCGCUGGCCACUUUCAGGCAGGAUGGUGCUAUGGCGUGGGUCAUUUGUCUGCUCGCGACGUUAGCGAAUUUGCUGACUUGUGGUUGCAUAAUUACGUUUGGUAUUCUCUUUCCUGUACUUCUGGACGAAUUUGGAUAUGGGAAGGCUAUCACAGCUUGGGUCGGGUCCUUAGCACUUGCCCUCUCAAUCGGCCUCGGCCCAGUCUCUGCAAAGCUCAUCAACAGAUUCGGCGCCCGCGCAGUCACCAUCUGCGCCAGCGUUGUAUCAGCGGUCGGUCUCUUCGUGACGUCACAAGUUAACAGCCUCCCUUUGAUGUAUCUUACCUACAGCAUUCCAUGCGGCCUUGGUACCUGUGGCGUGUUUCUCUCCAGCUUCGAUAUUAUUGCCAAGUACUUCAGCAAGAGACUUUCACUUGCGACCGCGAUUGCUCAUUCUGGGUCAGUGGUUUCACUCUUGGUAAUGAGCCCUUUAAUUGAAGCCUCGCUUUCAAGUUUGGGAUGGCGGUACACUUUCAUGGUCUUGGGUGGAAUGUCAUUGGCCAUUCCUAUAUUUGGUGCGUUUUACUUUUCUAACCACAGCAAAGAUGGCAACAGUACUAGUUCCCAGGCUCCUAGAAAGGAGGGCGAUGCUGGAGCCAAGGACAAACUUCCAAAUAAUGACGUCAUACCCAGGUGCAAUAACAAGAGCUAUGGGGACGGGGAUUCUUGGACUGACCUUCUUCGUAACAGAAAACUACUAGCCUGCUGUGCAACUGGUUUUGUUAUGGAUUUUGGCGGGACAAUCCCACUACUACAUUUGGGUCGUUACUCACAGGAUGUUGGUAUUCCUUCGCACCGGUCUGCUCUCCUUUAUGUCGGCUUCGGAGUCGGCUCAACAGUAGGACGUGUUCUGAUUGGUCGGCUUUGUGACCUCCCCUGCGUGAGCCCGCUGUACAUGUACUGUCUCUCGACGAUGGUCGCUGGUGUCUCGACACUUCUCGUCCCACAGCUUGAUUCAUUUGCGGGACUCAUAGGGUACUUUACCGUAAAUGGUUUUGCAAAUGGCGGCUACGCAACAGCAGUCUUCAUGAUCGUCUAUCAGAUUACUAUUCCGAGCAUGCGCAUUCAAGCUUUGGGGCUAUACUUCUUUGUGGUGUCUCUUGCGUUUGCGUCUGGCUCGCCGUUUGGGGGGUUCCUUGCAGACAGUUUGGGGUCGUACAUCGUAGUGUUCUACGUGUCUGGGGGCCUGGUGGUUUUUAGCUCCUUUGCCAUGCUGUCAAUCAAAUGCCUGGAAACUCAGGAAAUUGUAACCACGCAUGGCGAAACGUGUAAUACCGCUGUGCAAAUGGAAAAUAUAGACGUCAAAGAAGAACGCUCCUCUGGAAUACCAGCGACUGCUGACCAAACUAACGAUGUAACAACCGUGUUCUAGGAUUCGAUGGGUAGCCUGUUUCGAAUUACAGUGAAAAUACCUAUUUUGACAUACACUAAUUUCAAAAAAACGUUUUCAGUGCAAAUGGCGAUUAACAAAUGACAGUUCAACAACCGAAAGGACCCAUGGGGAUCCUAAAAUAUAUACUUUAAAUUCAGACUAUAUCUAGACUAUGGUUCUGACAUAUCGCUUUAGUUUAUUCACCACCUUCAUUCUUACAAAUAUUUAAUACCCAUAAGCACCUUUCGGUCGUAGAACUGCCAUUUGGCAAUUGCCAUUCGACGUUUGCGCUGACAACCUUUAUUGAUAUAGAUACAAGGUAAAUCGCGCGCUCUAAUUGGUCAAGAGUCCAUUUGUUAUUAGAGUAAAGACGCACGCAAAAAUGACAUUUGUUUGUUAAAUAGCAUAUCGACAUGACCAUAAAACAUUUUCGACUAUUCUCCUACGA